AUGGUCCUAGCCUUUGACCUGGCCUUUGUCGUUCAUCCGUCUCAUUAUCCUAGCCGUGAACCUCCCACCCCACACCUCUCCAAAGCUCAAAACUGCUCCGCCGGCCAAAUGGUCCCGCUUCGGCGCCUUCCGGCGCUGCCGCUAACGCGUGGCUCCACGCGCCGCCGCCUCCUCGCCACCGGGGCCUCACCGCUCCCAUGGCCGGGCCUUCACACCUGGCGCCGGGCCCCUCCCAGCGACCUCCGCUCGUGGGGCCCCAGCGGCCCCUGCGCCCCGAACACGGACGAGGCGGGCGCGCCAGAAGCCGGCGCCGGAGCCGGCCACGGCUCGUCGCUGGCCGAGAUGGGCGCCCUCGUGCUGUCCACCGCCGCCCCCCUCGGCAAGGCGCACCUCACCCACGCCGCCUUCUCCCGGUGGGCGGCAGGCGGGCUCCCCGUGGGCCUUGCGCGGGCCCCCGACCACCCCGCCAGGCCGGAAAAGCCCCUCGCGGUGACUCAGAAGGAGGUCCCCACGCACAAGGCGAUGGGGGUGCCGCUAAACGCGUACAUGCUCCACAACCUGGCGCACGUGGAGCUCAAUGCCAUCGACCUUGCCUGGGAUACUGUGGUGCGGUUCUCGCCGCUCCGGGACACCCUGGGAGAUGGCUUCUUUGCCGAUUUUGCGCGUGUGGCCGACGACGAGAGCCGGCAUUUUCGGUGGUAUUCACAGCGGCUUGCCGAGCUUGGGUUCAGAUAUGGCGAUAUGCCUGUCCACAAUCUUCUGUGGAGGGAGUGUGCAAAAUCCUCAAGUGAUGUUUCUGCACGGAUGGCUGUUAUACCUCUAGUACAGGAAGCUAGAGGCCUUGAUGCUGGACCAAGACUAGUCCAGAAGUUAAUUGGCUUUGCGGAUCAUAGAUCUGCCGACAUUGUGGCAAAAGUAGCAGAGGAAGAGCUUGCACAUGUUUCUGUAGGUUUAUAUUGGUUCCUGAAAGUAUGCGAAAUGAUGGGCCGUGUCCCUGGUGCUGCUUUUAGAGACUUGAUAAAGGAGCAUGAUGUUGUAAUGAGGGGUCCAUUUAAUUACCAAUCUCGUGAUGAAGCUGGUAUACCUCGAGAAUGGUACGAUGAGACGCUUAAACCUGAAGUUGCAAGCAACCUUUCAGAGGUGCAUGAUAGGCUAGCAUGUGUUGUUGAGAUGGAGAGAGAGAAUGCUAGUUUGAAUGGCUAA